AGCAGUCCGAACGCCGCACGAGCUUAGCGCCAAGGUCGUGUGUUUGUAAUCUCCGUGGUUAAAAAUGUCUGAAACGUGGAUUUAUCCCACAGUGCUUUUGUGUAUUUAUGGGUUCUUCACCAAUAUCAGACCGUCAGAGCCCUUCCUCACCCCCUUCCUGAUGGGACCUGACAAAAACCUGACCGAGACUGAGGUUAUGAAUAAGAUCUACCCAAUAUGGACAUAUUCCUACCUGGUCCUACUGUUUCCUGUUUUCCUGGCUACUGAUUACCUGCGCUACAAGCCUGUGCUCAUCCUCCAGGCAGCCAGCUACAUCAUUACAUACGCAAUGCUGGUGAAAGCCCAGGGUGUGCUGGCCAUGCAGUUUCUCGAGUUCUUCUUCGGUAUAGCUACAGCCACUGAGAUUGCUUACUUUUCAUACAUCUACAGUGUGGUCGAGCCGGCGCGUUAUCAGAAAGUGACCGGUUUUUGCCGCAGUGUUACUUUGCUGGCCUCAGCUGUAGGAUCACUUAUUGGUCAGAUACUGGUGUCAGUGGCCCAAGUUCCUUUACUUUACCUCAACAUCAUCUCACUGUCUUCGUUCUGUGUGGCAUCCCUGGCACCAUGGUUUUUACCCAUGCCCAGCAAGAGCCUGUUUUUCCACCAGGAGGAAAGCGCGCCUGAGGACAAGGCAGGAAAGGAGCUUGUUAACAAGUCUGAGGACCACGAGUGGAAAAUGCCGAACAAUCUGAAUAAAGACGACACGGUUUUUACAGAGAAUACUGGUAGCACUGGAGGUCUGGUAGAGGUCUUGAAGACUCUGGGAGCAGAUUUCGUGAAGUGUUAUUCAUGUCGCACACUCCUGGCCUGGUCAGUGUGGUGGGCGCUGUCUACCUGUGGUUACUUCCAAGUGAUAAAUUACUCUCAGGUCCUGUGGGAGAAUAUCAUGCCUUCGAAUAAGUUUGAAAUCUACAAUGGUUAUGUAGAGACGAUAUCUACGUUGCUUGGUGCCCUUGCUGCUUUCGGUGUAGGUUUGGUGAAGGUGCCGUGGGCAGUGUGGGGUGAACUUGCACUCUUUAUUUUCUCCAUGGUCAUUGCUGUGGCUGUGUAUGUCAUGCACAUUGUCAGGAAUAUCUGGGUGUGCUACGCCUCUUAUGUGGUCUUCCGAACCACCUACAUGUUGCUCAUCACCAUAGCAACAUACCAGAUUGCGGCUAAUCUAAGUAUGCAGAGAUAUGCUUUAGUCUUCGGUGUGAACACCUUUGUGGCAUUGUUGCUGCAAACACUGCUUACUGUGAUUGUGGUCGACUCUGUCGGCUUGAGCCUCGAUAUUAUCACCCAGUUCCUGAUCUACGGUAGUUACUUUGCUGCAAUUGCGGUAAUCUUCCUCAUAGCCUGGCUGUAUAAAGUGGCUCAGCGCAGGUGUGCUGCUGCUGCUCAGUCACAAACUGAGAGCACAGACAGUAACCCAGGCUCAUCACUUGGAGAGACCUCCAUCCCCAAAGAGAGCAGCAGUAUUAUUUAAGGCAUGAGUGAGAUCAUUUAUGAUGUAUUGUUAAAGCACUUAUCUUCUAGGUAUGUUUGUGUGCUCAGUGGUUAGAGGUUAUACUUGAAAAGACCACAGAGUGAAAACCCACGAAGAAAUUGGACCAAAAACUAUAAUUUAAUUUACACUGAAUGCACACUACUUACAAGAAGUACGUUAAUGAAGGAGAGAGGCAUUGGCCAAUGCUUGAACAGGGGUCCGUAUUUAGACCCAACAAUUUAUUUUAUUGCGCUUAACUGCAAAAAUACUGUAUACUGUAAUAUUUUCCCCUACUUUAAAAAUGUAACAUUUCUAAACGCAAUCCAUCUUAGCUUCCAUCUCCAUCUCAGAUAUUUAGUGAUUGGAGUGAACUUCAUCCAGAAGUCUGUACAGACAUUAAUGGCAAUAGUUAUGCGACAACCAAACACAUAUCAGUUAUUUAGGUAUUUGGGUUAACUCCCCUCAACAACACAAAAAAUAAUCCAAUAAACAAAAAAAAAUCACUUCUCAACAGUGUUUGACUGAUGGUACUUCUAGUUUGUAAGAUGGUAGAAACUCAUGGUUCUAGUAACCCAGUCUAAGGAUAUACACUAUAUUGCCAGAAGUAUCGUUCGCCUACUUCCACAUGCAUAUGAAUUUAAGUAACAUCCGAUUCUUAAUCCAUAGGGUUUAAUAUGAUGUUGGCCCACCCUUUGCAUCUGUAACAGCAUUAACUCUUCUUGGAUGGCUUUUCGCAAGGUUUAGGAGUGUGUUUAUGGGAAUUUUUGACCAUUCUUCCAGGAGCGCAUUUGUGAGGUCAGACACUGAUGUUUUGGACCUUGCUUUGUGCAUUGGUGCACAAUCAUGUUGGAACUGGUGUGGGGUUGUUUCUCAGGAGUUCGGCUCAGCCCAAUAAUUCCAGUGAAAGGAAUACUUGAUGCUUCAGUCUAACAAGACUGUUGCCCCUUCCUGUUCCAACACGACUGCACACCAGUGCACAAAGCAAGGUCCAUAAAGACAUGGGUGAGCAAGUUUGGUGUGGAGCAACUUGACUGGCCUGCACAGAGUCCUGACCCCAACCUGAUAGAAUACCUAUGGUUGAAUUAGAGCGAAAGGUUGUGAGGCAGGCCUUCUCGUCCAUCAUCAGUGUCUGACCUCACAAAUGCGCUUCUGGAAGAAUGGUGAA